AAUUUAAACAAGCCUACCGAACAUCUAACAGUUUCUAAAACUUAUCCACAGAUAUUUAUCUGGCUACAACAAAGUCAUGAAACCUGAAGAAGAACAGAGAGUAAUUUCACAAUGAAAUGCAUCCAUGGGCACUCGCCAUUCUUCCCCACCCUUUCACUGCUCAAGCACAACCACCAACUGAAGAUGGACAGAUUGCUUUGGCUCUCCUCCAAUCAUCCCACUACGCUUCUGCAACGAAAAUACAUUAUUUCACCAGUUCCAUCGAGUACCAAGGCUACGAUGGCCUCUCUUCCGGUUCUCGGAGCAACUUCUCCGGCCACUUCCGGGGACAUAUCCGUCUUCCUUCAGACCAGUGCAGUACUCCUCUUCAUGUACUGGAUAACCAAUUUCGUUGUGCCAGAGAUCAUCUACAAGGAUCUACAAAAUAAGACAAGUGAAGAAAAGAGUCCCAUGGAUAAUUUUCAAUCUGAAGCUGAGCAAGGAAGCACACCCAUUGAUAAUGAACCAAGCUCAGGACAGAUAAAGAGGGGCUUCAACAGCACCAAGCCAAAAUAACACCUAGCCAGGGGCUCCCCACCACUGUUCUAAGUUCUAUGUUCUUCCAGUAAUGAAUUCAUCCUGAUUAAGCAAUUUCCAUUCUCCCCUCCCCCAGUAUUAAUUUUCUUGAUUAAUCGUUUUAAGUGUCAUGAAUGAGGGCGGGCCUUGGCACAACGGUAACGUUGUUUUGAGUCGCGGAAACAAUUCUUUGUAGGCGUACCCGGCA